AUGACGAUUAUCGCUGCGAGCGAAAAGAUCAAGCACAACGUCCAGGAUGGGAUAUUUGUGAUUCAAUUGGACGAUGCAAAGUCGUUGAAUUCAAUGACGGGUCAUGAUUACUUAUAUUUGGGACAUUUGAUGGAAAUCGCAGAUCGCGACAGCGCGGUGUAUCUGACGGUUUUACAGAGUAGUGGUAGGUUUUUCUCGUCAGGUGCUAACGUCGGGAACAUCGGAGCCAUGCAGAGUGCUCAGGACGAAAAUGGAGAGCUGGGCAAAUGGCUGUCGGAAUUUGUGAGCCGGAAUUUGUUUGUAACGCACGUUUUUGCGAAACAUACCAAACCCAUAGUAUGUUGCUUGAAUGGUCCCGCCGUGGGUCUCUCAGCGGCGAUAGUCAUGUUAUGCGACGUUGUUUAUGCGAUGAAUAAUUCCGUAUACUUGCUUUUCCCCUUUGCGAAUCUUGCGCUAGUGACCGAAGGUGCACUUUCUGUGACAUUACCUAUGAAACUCGGCUACAACGUCGCAAGCGAGAUUCUGACAUUGGCACGACCUGUGACAUUUGAUCAACUUAACGGCAAAGUCGUGACCCGGAAUUACAACCUAAAAGACACUCAAGAAUUCAAUUCCCAGGUUUUACAAGAUUUGAAGCGCGCCACGGGCGAUUUGCACAAGGAAAGUAUUCCCGGCAUGAAAAGAUUGCUUCAAAGAAGUGUUCUAGACCAAAUGAAACGCGCCAAUGUCGACGAAGUCAACGACGCACUUUCGUACUGGGUACGAGGUUUACCGCAACAAAGAUUUCGUGAAAUUAAAUCCAAGCAACGUAUUCAUAAGAUGUGA